AUGCAACUCAAACGGCGUGAUACGCAAAGCCAAAUAUCUGCUCAUAGAAGGGAAGUGAUGUUGCUAUCGCGACGUAUGAGAAGACAAGAUUCUACUAAGCACAGCCUUCUUCAACACUCGAUUUUCGCUGUCCCAGAGCAGUCAACAUCAUCUUGGGACAAAGCAGGAUUUCUGAAACAAAUUGGUCAUACCAUACGAGAACCUCCUUCACUUCCUGAAAAAGUUGUCAGCCAUCAAGCUUGCACGGCUACAUCGCAGGAUAAUUUAGAAAAAGGCAAAGGUAUAUUGGAUCCCCCUAUCAUUUGUGAAACAGCUGCUAGCUAUCAAGCAUGUAUGACUACGUCAUCUCCUAAUUUAGACAAAGGAAAGGGUACAUUGGACCCCCCUAUCAUUCGUGAAACAGGGUCCACAUCGGGUACAUCUAACCUGCGUCAUGUUACCUUGAACACCGUACCAAUCAAAGCUCAUAGGCGGGCCAAAAAUGUGUGCCUGGUCACUAAAGAGCAACGAAGUGAGUAUGUUGCUCUAAAAAGGGUCCCAAAUUGUCAAUUUUGUCAUGCAAAGAAGUUUGAAUAUGAACCUCCAGGAUUUUGCUGUAACAAUGGUUCAAUAAGGUUGACAUCUCAUAAAAUGCCAACUGAAUUAUCGGAGUUAUACUUUGGAAAUACUGAAGAAUCUGAAAAUUUCCGAACUUAUAUUAGAACGUACAAUAACAUGUUUGCAUUUACUUCACUUGGUGUCAAGUAUGAUAAAGAGCUAGCGAGAAGAAAUUGUGGUAUCUACACAUUUAGAGUCCAAGGAUAA